UUGGAUUACAGUAAAUAGUCGGACGGAGCGAAGAACAGGAGGGCUGUCAGAUCGAAUUGAAAACGAUGGCGUUGGCCCAUUCCAGGGCUUUACCGGUCAGACAGGAGAUAGGGGCGCUCACUCUCUCGCGUCCUGAAGGAGCUGGCCAGACAGAUGCCACGUAGAGCUCCAGCUGGAGUAGGAACCCCUGACACACGGCAGCUGUCCCAUCAUACACCCUCGGGAGCGAGAGCUGAAUCCCACCGGAUCCUGAUGAUGGAGAGGCGGACAUCACGGUGACUCCCUGAGUUCAGAGAACCGCUCCUGUCAGGAACGGCCUCUCUCUGUCCGCGACGCUGGGCGGCCCAUGCUCCCGCAGUGCACCAUGGGUAGCUCUCCAGAGGUGCUGUCAUGGGCGUCGUGCCCCAGCCUGCUUGUUGGCAAGCUGAAGGAGGAGCUAAAGAACACUGUGGUGGGGGACAACGUUAAGAAAACUUCCUCUCCCAACACCCCAGCCCCUCCCCUUCCUCUACCCCCCCAGAUCAUCACAGAUCUAGCGCCUCCCACACACCUCCUGGUUCCCCUGAUGACGCUCGCCCCACCCCCAUGCCAGGACGAGGAGGCUAUGCUGGGCACCAGCCCACCAAUCACAGCGCUCAGUGAGGACUCUGGGCGGGAGCAGAGACAGUUUGACAACAGCGUGCUCCAAUUUCAGGAGCACGAGGAGGCGGAGUCACCGGCGUCAUGUGGGCAGGAGGGGUGUGGCAGCGGGGGCGAGGGGGAGGGGACAAGGGAAGGGUUGUGUCCCAUACACCAACACCACCCUGGGUCUGGAACCCACAACCACCCUCACCCCCAUGAUGACAUCAAACUGCACUUCCACAGAGCACCGGGAGGAGGGGGGUUCCUGGAGGGCCUGUUCGGCUGUCUCAGACCCGUCUGGAACAUCAUAGGGAAGACCUACAGCACUGAAUACAAGCUGCAACAACAAGACAUGUGGGAGGUCCCGUUUGAGGAGAUCUCGGAGCUGCAGUGGCUGGGCAGCGGGGCGCAGGGGGCUGUCUUUCUGGGGAAGCUCCAUGGCAAUGAGGUGGCCAUCAAGAAGGUCCGUGAGCAGAAAGAGACAGACAUCAAACACCUGAGGAAGCUCAAACACCCCAACAUCAUCAGCUUCAAGGGUGUGUGCACCCAGGCUCCGUGCUACUGUAUCUUAAUGGAGUAUUGUUCCCAGGGCCAACUCUAUGAGGUUCUGAGGGCCGGACGGAAGGUGACCCCCAGACUGCUGGUGGACUGGGCCUCAGGGAUCGCCUCUGGGAUGAACUACCUGCACCUCCACAAGAUCAUACACAGAGACCUCAAGUCACCCAAUGUGCUGGUGACCCAACAAGACACCGUGAAGAUCAGUGACUUCGGAACGUCCAAGGAGCUUAGUGAUAAGAGUACUCAGAUGUCGUUCGCUGGUACGGUGGCCUGGAUGGCCCCAGAGGUCAUCAGGAACGAACCGGUGUCUGAGAAAGUAGACAUCUGGUCGUUUGGCGUGGUGUUAUGGGAGCUGCUGACUGGAGAGAUCCCCUAUAAAGACGUGGACUCCUCAGCCAUCAUCUGGGGUGUGGGUAGCAACAGCCUCCACCUCCCUGUUCCCUCCACAUGCCCUGAUGGGUUCAAGAUCCUCAUGAAGCAGACAUGGCAAGGGAAGCCCAGGAACCGUCCGUCAUUCCGUCAAAUCCUACUCCAUCUGGACAUCGCCUCAGCUGAUAUCCUGGGAGCUCCUCAGGAGACCUACUUCAAGUCUCAGUCUGAGUGGAGGGAGGAGGUGAGGAAACACUUUGAGAAGAUCAAGUCUGAAGGAACCUGCAUCCACCGACUAGAUGAGGAGCUGAUCAAACGCAGGAGGGAUGAACUCAGACAUGCUCUGGACAUCAGGGAGCACUACGAGAGGAAGUUGGAGAGAGCUAACAACCUCUACAUGGAGCUGAGUGCCAUCAUGUUGCAGCUGGAGGUCCGCGAGAAGGAGCUCAUCAAGAGAGAGUUGGCUGUGGAGAAGAAGUAUCCAGGUAACUACAAGCGUUCCCACCUGGUGCGGCCCAUCGUCAGGCCCAACGCCGUGGAGAAAUUCAUCAGGAAGAAAGGCUGCAUCUCCCACAAGACUGGGAUACCCCCUGCGAAGAGGCCGGACCUGCUGCGUUCCGAAGGUAUCCCCAGUGUGGAGGUGCUCCCAUCCCCCUCGCCCCACUCUACCAGCCCCAAGGUUUCCACACCACCUGGCAAGCAGAGGUACCGCAGCAAGCCCCGGCACCGCCGUGCCAACAGCAAGGGUUCCCACGGCGACUUCCCCGGGGUUCUGAAGACCGGGCCGGGGGCGGAGGCUACGGAGGAGCAACAACCCCUCGAAGACCACUACCAGCACCAACCUCUAGGGAAGCAGCACUACCAUCAUCCUGCCACCGGGUGUGCUGUCCAAGAGCACUACGAGCACCACCACCACCCCCCACCACAGGGCCCUCUGCUGCCCCUGAAGAACAGAGAGGAAGCGGUGGUCAACUGUGCCAACAACCUGCGUUACUUCGGCCCGGCCGCGGCCCUGCGGAGCCCCCAGACAGACCACCUCCAACGCCGCCUGUCCGGCACCAGCCCUGACCUCAUCUCUACGGCCGUGGUGUCAGACUCACGCCAACGCAGCAUCUCUGUGUCAGGCCCCGGGGGAAGGGGUGGGACACUGUGCCCCUGCUGCCAGGCACACCCCUUUCCAGGCUGCCUGCACUGCCAGGAGACCCCCCUGGCCCCCAGCCACCCAGUGCUGCCACACUACUCCCUGCUGUCCACCUGUGAGGGCUUGUCCCCCUCCCUGGUCAGAGUACCUGACCCCACGGCAGAGGGAGAGCAGCAGGAGAAGCAGGAUACAGCUCGGAAGAGCAGCUUACCCUCUGGAGCUGGCCUCCCACGCAACCUCAGGCCCCUUAGGAAGGCUGGUGAUGAGUCGUCAGAGGAGGAGGAGGGGGAGGUGGACAGUGAGGUGGAGUUUCCUCGGAGACAGAGACCACACCACUGUAUGAGGUCGUUCCAGUCCUACUCCACCUUCAGCUCAGAGAACCUGUCUGUAUCUGAGGAAGAGGAGGGCAACACCAGUGACCACUCCCACAGCGGACCCCUGGAGCUCCUUUCAGCCUCUCAGGAGGACCACCUGGAUGAGCUGCUAUCCCACACACCUGACAUCCCCAUCGACAUCAACACCCAGUCAGACGGCCUGUCUGAUAAGGAGUGUGCUGUCCGCAGGGUCAAGACCCAGAUCUCCCUGGGGAAACUGUGUUCUGAUGAGCACAGCUAUGAGAACCCGCUGCACUUUGACUCCGACUGUGAUUCCUCUGAUGCAGAGUGUUCUGAUGCCACCAUUAAGAACAACCAGCCUGGCGCACACACCUCCUGGUGAUCAUCCUCCCCAUGGAAUAUCCUGGGGGCCACUCGGCCCUCCCGUCUGCUUGGAAAAACUCUGGGCCCCAGGACCCUACAGGGCCAUAGCAACGCCCCUGCAAUAGAUCCUCCCCCUACUUCCUCACUGCAUAGCAACCCCAUUCCCCCCAGACAACCUAAGCAGGGAUCCCUUUUGAAUGAUAGUAGAUAUAUAUACAGUAGAUAGAUGAUUGUGUAACAGUUUGAGGGAAAAAUCAGGAACUCUGUAAAACUUAAGAAGAAACAACAACAAAACUGUUAAUUGUAAGAUACUGGUGAGGAUGAUGAUGAUGAAGAGGAUGCAGUGCAGCUUUUGGACCAGCCAGAGACUAUAAACUAACCAGUGGGGAACAGUGACUGUGUUACUGUAGGGCUGGGCAGGAUGUUGCUGUACUGUGUGUGUGUGUGUGUGUGUGUGUGUGUGUGUGUGUGUGUGUGUGUGUGUGUGUGUGUGUGUGUGUGUGUGUGUGUGUGUGUGUGUGUGUGUGUGUGUGUGUGUGUGUGUGUGUGUGUGUGUGUGUGUGUGUGUGUGUGUGUGUGUGUGUGUGGUGUGUGGGUGUGUGUGUGUGGGUGUGUGUGUGUGGGUGCUGGUCUCUCAGGCCACUGUCAGUACUCCAGAACAGUGAGUACGUUUACAUGCACACUAAUAAUUCGAUAUUGAACUGAUUAUGCCAGUAGGCAGAUUAUGCAAUAGUCAUGUAAACACCUUACUCUGCUUAUCUUAACUGGCGUAAGGUCAAAACGGAAGGAAGUAUACACCGAAUAAAACACCUGGUUUUCUGAGCCAUCUGUUGAAUUACUAGGUCAACAACUUAAUCAUUCCUACAGUGUGUUUGAUCUGACAUGUGCUGGCACCAGCUGAGUGGGCCUCCCUCUUCAGGGAAGUGGGUGGGCCUCCCUCUUGAGGGAUGUGAAGUGGGUGGGCCUCCCUCUUGAGGGAAGUGGGUGGGCCUCCCUCUUGAGGGAAGUGAGUGGGCCUCCCUCUUGAGGGAAGUGAGUGGGCCUCCCUCUUCAGGGAAGUGAGUGGGCCUCCCUCUUCAGGGAUGUGAGUGGGCCUCCCUCUUCAGGGAAGUGAGUUCGGGACAACUGAAUGUAUGUGUCAUUGAAGUAGUUUUCACAUACAAACUUCAUAUGUCCGAACACAGAAUCAAAUAUGCUUCCCAAAAAUAACACGGUAAUGACAUGUGGUACAGAGUUUAUUUUGAUUGCCGAUGUUCUUUAUUCAUCAUAUUGCCAUCAGGCAGCCUGAUUUCAAAUGUGUUCAUGUAAACAGGAUUAUUGGGGAAAUCUUUCUUCUUGCAAAGCAUGUAAACCUUUUAAACAAACUAUUAUAUUAAUCUGAUUAUCCACAAUAAUCUCAUUAUUGUGUACAUGUAACCGUGCUCAGUGAGUA